AUGAACUCGGAUGUAGAGGAAGAGUUGAAAGAGAAUAUAAAGGAAAGAGUCGGAGGAUUGGAUAAAGUAAUUGAUUCAAUCGUCAAAAGAUUGAUAUUAUAUGUAGAGUCAAAGACAAGACUCAACAAGGAUAACAAUGAAUACUGUACAUCCUAUCCAUUUCAAUCAUCUACUAUACCAUUACCCAAUCAUAUGCUAGUUCAUUCUAGAACAGGCACUGGAAAGUCAUUACUAGUAUCAACGAUAUUAGAUAGUUUUAAAAAGAUUUGUAAAGUAAAUAGUUUAACUAUUGCUUCAUCUUAUUUAUAUCAAAAAGAUGAAGGAGACACUGAAAGAUUGGUAUCAGAUUUAUUCUCUAGGAAUCAAACCAAUGAACCAUUUAUUAUUGUAUUUGAAGAAAUUGAUUCAAUUGCACCUAAAAGAACUCCUGAAUUAGGAUAUAUCGAAAGAAGAGUAUCAACACAUUUAUUAGACUUGUUAUCACGUAAUAGUAGAUUUGAAAAUAGAAACAAAUCAGUGUUUAUCUUUGCCCUGACCAAUAGAUUCAAUGCGAUUGACAAGGAAUACUUUAUGUCUGGAAGAUUCGAUUCUGUAAUUAGUCUACCAAUACCAUCUCCAUUGGGAAGAAAGGAAAUUGUACAAACUAUUGUUAAAAAAUUCCCAAGUUAUUUAAAUAAUAUUGAACAUUAUCAAAGUUUAAUUCAAUAUAUUGGUCAAUGUUCACAUGGAUUUGUUGGAGCUGAUCUUUCUAGAUUGUGUGGUGAAGCUGCUCAAAGAAAGAUUCGUAGUUGUGAUUCGACGAUUGAUCCGAGUUUGGUGGUUGUUGAAAAGGAGGAUUUCGACGCCAUGUUUGAACAUGUCAAGCCGUCGGCAUUGAAUGAAUUCAAGUUGUCAUACGAGCCGAUACAGUUUGAGGAUAUUGGUGGAUUGGACAAGACGAUUGCACAGAUAAAGAGUUGUGUAUUGACACCCAUCAUGAAUAGGAAACCACUCCGACAAAUGGGUAUUGAUCCUCCCUCGGGUGUUUUACUACACGGACCUCCAGGAACAGGAAAAUCACUAUUGGCACGAGCCAUUGCAUCAUCAUCACCCAACAUCAACUUUAUAUCUGUCCAAUCGACCGAUAUCAUAUCACCGGUGGUUGGUGAGAGCGAAAAGAAGCUAACAGCUCUAUUCCGAGUACUUCGUGAUUCAGCACCUGCCAUUCUCUUUCUCGAUCAAGUAGAAGUACUUGCUAAAAAGCGUGGUUACGAUUCGAGUGCUCAACAAUCUGCCGAUAGAUUACUUUCAUGUCUAUUGGUUGAAAUGGAUGGUAUGUUUUCAAAACAAAAUAAAAAGGUAAGAAUUGAAAAUGACGAUGAUGAUGACGAAGAUGAACAACAAGCAAUUAUAGUAUUGGCAGCUACAACAAAGAUGGAAUUAUUAGACAGUACUAUUCUUCGUCCUGGUCGAUUCGAUUACCAUAUUCAUGUACCUGCACCAGACGUGGUUGCAAGACACGAUAUUUUGUCGAAAAUUACAAAGAAUAUGCCCAUCGAUCCUUCAAUCAAUCUUUACACGUUUGCAGAGCAAACCAACGGUCUCAAUGGAGCAGACCUCUCUAAUAUCUGUAAAGAGGCAGCAUUACAUGCACUAAGAAGAGAUUUAAAUGGUUCAACAAUAACACUUGAAGAUUUUAAAAGUGUUAUGAAUCAACCUCAAUCCACAAAUCAACAAGAAGAAGAAUUGUUGAAUCAAUAA